AUGGAGCCUCAGUCACCGAACAGCAAGGUACAUCUGGAGAAGGCGCAAAACUUUAUGCGCCAGUAUCGGGAUCCGGAGUCACGCGAGCUGAAGAAGCUGUCCGCCAACCAGUUCAUGGACGUCUGGAGCCAUUACGACCGCGACGGAAACGGCUACAUCGAAGGAUCCGAACUGGACGGGUUCCUGAAGGAGUUCGUCUCCAGCGCCAACGCUACCGACAUCAGCCCAGAGCAAAAAGCGUCCCUGACCGAUGAGAUGCUGGUUGAGCUGAAAUCGUGCUUCAUGGAGGCGUACGAUGAUAACCAGGAUGGAAAGAUCGAUAUCAGAGAACUGGCGCAGCUGCUACCGAUGGAGGAGAACUUUCUGCUGCUUUUCCGGUUCGACAAUCCGCUCGAGUCGAGCGUCGAAUUUAUGAAGAUUUGGCGCGAGUACGACUCGGACAACAGCGGUUACAUUGAAGCGGACGAGCUGAAGAACUUCCUGCGGGAUCUGUUGAAGGAAGCCAAGAAGAUAAACGACGUGUCGGAGGACAAAUUGAUCGAAUACACCGAUACGAUGCUUCGGGUGUUUGAUGCAAACAAAGAUGGAAGACUGCAGCUGUCGGAGAUGGCAAAAUUGCUUCCAGUGAAAGAGAACUUCCUCUGCCGGCAGGUGUUUAAGGAAGGGAAAAUAGACGAAGAAGGAGCCGCUAAGCUAACGAAAGAAGACAUCGAAAAAGUGUUUUCGCUCUAUGACAGAGACAAUAAUGGUUCGAUCGAGAACGAAGAACUAAGAGGUUUCUUGAAAGAUCUGCUGGAGUUGGUCAAAAAGGACUAUGACGCACAGGACUUGAUCGAGUUCGAAGAGACGAUCCUGCGUGGCGUAGGCUACGACAAGGAUGGCAAGAUCUCGCGCAAAGAGCUCACCAUGAUCCUGCUGACGCUCGCGAAGCUGCCCCCAGAGGACGACCAGUAA